GAAAAUAUUAAAUAUUCUCUCAUUGACCAUGCGGGAAACUAUUCGGCAAUCUCAAUUUCGAAAGUUAUCUGUUCGAAAGACAUCUGAAGUGCAGCGGCACACGGAAUCUUCAAAAUUGGAAAUCCAACCAACUGAUAGCCGACCCCGAUAUACCAGUUUUAGUAAGCGCCAUUUUUUGGAUGCGGACUAUGUAGGGAAGUUCGAUGAUUUCGAACUAAUUCCGAAAAAAUAUGAGCCUGAAACUUCACAAGUUUUGAGCCGAUAUCCGAGUUAUACCAAUUUCAAAGUACCAUUCCAGAUGGUCUGCAAAGAACGUUAUUUCCACUCAAGCAAGAAUUACGACCAACAGUUUGUCCGUGAAAUUCAAAAAAUAAUCGAUAAUCAAGCUACGGCACGGGAGGCUACCUAUUUUGUGCGCAUUGUGGGUUUUACGACAUUAUGGCCACCCUAUCACAACGAAAAGGAAUUGGUCGAUACUAGCCGUAAUUUCUAUAGGCUGACACCUAAGGAACAGACACGCUUUCAAUACAUCAUGUCGAAGAAUUUCUCAUAAGCAUAAAUUAUAAUUAUAAACUACAUUGUAUAAAUUUAAACAUGAGUAUAA